AUGCAUUUAAUACUUAAUUUGUUCCAUUAAUAUAGAAAAACAUUUGUAAAUAUAUUUUAUUAUAAUAUUUAAAAAUAUGCUUUUUAAUUUUAAGUUAAAAUUAAUCAUUUAUAAUUAUUAAUAAUUUAAAUCUGCCUUAAUUUUAAUUUUUAUUUUUAAAAAAUUUAUUUAAUUAUUAUUAAAAAAUUAGUAAAUUAAUUUUAUAUUUACAUUAAAUUAAUAUUAAUACAUUAUUUAUAUUAUAUUAUAAUAAUUAUUUUUAAUUGUAAAAUAAUUAAUGAAUUCCAAUAAUAUUUAAAUUUAAAACAAUAAUAAAAAAAUAAUUAUAUAAAAAUAAGCUAUUGCAUAGUUACAAAAGGUUUAAAAAUAAAACUCAAUUUAAAUUAAUUAGAAUAAAAUUAUAAAAAAAAAAAUUAAUCAAAGUUAAGUAAGAGUAUUUUGAAUAAUGAUUUUGAGAUACAACAAGAAAAAGAAAAAAAUCUUGCAUUUAAGCCAAACUUUUUUGUUCAUAAUAAAUAGCUAAGAGUAUAAUCUAUAUAGAUAUCAAAAAUUAUUAUUUUUUUAUAAAUAUUUACAUUUUUAUAUUUAUUUUAAACGAAGUUUUCAUAAAAUUCCCUCUUUAUUUUUAACGAAUAGAAUUAUUUGAGAAAAUCAAUUGUUUGGUUUCAUGAAUGGAUUUAUUUUGAAUAUUUUAUAACAACAGCAAUAUUGGCAAACACAAUAAUUUUAACAUUAUAGGACUAUCGUUUUAGAAUAGAUCCAUAGUUAUUAUCCUAAUGGAGAAAAAAUUUAAUAGAUUAAUCUGAAUUAAUAUUCUCUGUAAUUUUUAUAGCCGAAUUUAUAUUAAAAAUAAUUGGUAUGGGUAUGGCCUUUGAAAAAGGAAGCUAUUUAAGAGAUGGAUGGAAUAUUUUAGAUUUUUUAGUAGUAUGCUAAAGUUUUCUAAAUUUUCUUCCUAAUAAUAGUAUUAAUUUUAAUGCUUUAAGAGUUUUAAGAAUCUUAAAAUCUUUAAAAAAUAUAAAUGCAAUAAAAGGAAUAAAAAUUAUCGUAUCUUCUUUAAUAGAAUCUUUACCUUUUUUAGGGAACGUUUUUGUUUUUUUAUUAUUUGUGAUUAUAUUUUUUGGCAUAAUGGGUAUAUAACUGUUUUCAGAUUCAAAUGAAUUUAGAUGCAAAUUUACCGAAAAUCCAAUAAAUGGAAUAUGGGAAACUGAUAUAACAAUAGAAAGACUUUGCACAAUAUAUAAAUGCCCCGAAAACAAAUUUUGUGGAAGUAAUGCGAUUGCAGGUUUAUAGAUAAAUAAUAUAGAAAAAAAUCAAUAAUUUUUAAAUUAUGGAUAUACUUAAUUCGACAACCUGGCCUAAUCAAUUUUUACAGUUUUUCAAAUAAUUACUACAGAAGGAUGGACAAAUAUUCUAUUUACUUUAAUUGAUGUUGUUUAACCUAUUGUUGUGUAUAUAUACUUCAUUUCUUUAAUUGUCUUUGGUUCAUAUUUUUUAUAAAAUUUAAUUUUUGCUGUUAUAAAUUAAUGUUUUCUUUAAUAUCAUCAAAAAAACUAAUCUUAAAUACAAUUAAAUUAACAAUAAAAAAUGAAUUCUUUAAUUGCUAUUAAAUUAAAUGAUAUGCCUUUAUAAAUAAAGAGUUAUUAAAUACCAAAUAAUAAAAAUAAUGACUCUAAUUUAUAAGUUUAAAAAGGUUCGGCUUUUGAAUUAAAUCAAGAUGUAUAAAAGUAAUAAAAAUAAUUUCCAAGUUCUUUCAAAAAAAAUAGUGAGAAUAUUAAUAUUUCCAAAAUAGAAUAAAUAUAAGAUUUUAUGAAAAUAAUAAUUGAAUCAAGUGUAUUCAAUAUAAUAAUAAAUUUCACUUUAGCCUGUAAUAUAAUUGUUAUUUCCUUAGACAGAUAUCCUAUAUCUAAUUAAGAGGCUUAAAUGUUAAAUAUGUUUAAUUAUGCAUUUACAUUUAUUUUUACAAUUGAAAUGAUUUUUAAAAUAUUUGCUUAUGGAAUCAAGUAUUAUGUAUAUAUGUACAUAUAUUUUUAUAUUUUAAUCUCAUUUUAAAAUUAAAGAUAAUAUUUUAAAGAUGCCCUUAAUGUAUUUGGUACUUUUUCAGUUUCGAUAAGUAUAAUUGAUAUUAUGUUAGUAUUAACAAAAUAAAAUGGCGAAGGAUAAGUAGCAAUAAUAACAUCUCUACGUUCUUUAAGAUUAUUUCGUAUAUUUAAAUUUGCUAGAAGCUUCAAAAAUCUAAGAAAACUCCUUCUAACAAUAAUUUUAACAGCAUAAUAGAUGCUAAAUUUUAUGAUUCUUUUGUUUUUAUUUAUCGUAAUCAGUUCUUUGUUAGGUAUGGAGCUAUUUGCUUAUUAAGCUUUAUUUGAUGAAAAUUAUAAUCCAACUAAUGAUAAACAAAUAGGAGUUUCACCUAGAAAUAACUUUGAUACUUUCUGCCAAAGCUUGAUUACUGUUUUUAUAUUAUUAACUAAUGAAUAAUGGAAUAUUAUCUAAUACGACUUUAUGAGAUCUUUUGAUAGUUAUUGGCCUGCUUUGUAUUUUGUUUCCGUUAUUAUUAUUGGGAAUAUUAUUUUACUCAAGGUUUUUUCAGCUAUGCUUUUUUAAAACUUUUCCUAAGUAAAAAAAUAAAUAGAAAAUGAGAAUUCCUUUAAAGUUUAACCAGAUUAAAAUGCGUAAAAAUAAAAUAUAAAAAAAUAAGGAAAUAAAAACUUAUAAAGCAAUAUAAAUUAAAAUGUUCCUCAUUUUAAAAUUGAGCAAAACAUAUCCUAGUUAAAUGCUGUUAAUUCUCUUAUUAGUACUAGUCCUAUAAAAAAUCGAAAAAGAAAAAUUAAUUUUAAUAUUUAAUAGCAUUCAUCAAUUUGUAAUAAUCAUUAAAAAAUAAACAAUCAGAAUAUAAACCCGUCUGAUUUCUUAUAUUUUGUUAAUUGUAGUUAAAAUAAUUAAAACUCAGUAGAUAAGUCAGCUCAAGAGACAGUUAGUAAAGUUAUAAACGGUUCAGUAGAAAAUAAAAAUAAUAGUUUUUAAUCAAAAGAAAAAAAUACUUUUGCAUUUUUAAACGAAAUAAAUUUUAAUGAAAAUUAUUUAGGAAGUUCAUUGCUUAUUUGUUAAAUGAAUGUUUGUUUGAGGAAAAAUAUUUUUAAAAUCGUUAUUAAUAAAUAUUUUUAAUUAUUUAUUAUUUUUACUAUUGUGUUGUCUUCUAUUAUUAUGUGCGUAACUUCUCCUUUAGAAGAUCCUAAUAGUGAUUAUUAAUGGUAUUUGGAUUUAUUUGAUAAAAUAUUUACAUGUAUUUUUGUCCUUGAAAUGAUAUUAAAGAUUAUAGCUUAUGGGGCUUUUUUUAAUGGACCAAAUUCUUAUUUCAGAUAAUCACAAAAUAUACUAGAUUUUUUUAUUGUUAUUUUUUCUUUAUUCACUUUUUUUGAUUCUAUAAAACAAUCAGGAUUAUCCUAAUUAUAAGUAUUUAGGUUGCUUAGAGUUUUAAGACCUUUUAGACUUAUAUCAAAAAAUGAAGGACUUAAAAUUGCUAUUAACUCUUUAGUUUUAUCAAUACCUUCUAUUAUUAGUUUAUUUUUUAUAAGUCUUAUAUUCUUUCUAUUGUUUAGUAUUAUAGGAGUAAGCUAUUUUAAAGGUUCAUUUUAUAAUUGUGUUACUACAGAUUAAAUAAAAUAAGUAGAAAAUAAAACUGAUUGUAUGGAUUUAGGUGGAGAUUGGGUUAAUUCGUAUUUAAAUUUUGAUAAUGUUUUAAAUGGAAUGAUUACAUUGUUUGUACUUUUAACAACAGAAGGAUGGGUAGAUAUUAUGUAAUAAGGAAUAGAUAGUACAGGUAUAGAUUUCUAACCUAAAUAUAAUAAUAAUGUAUAUUGCUCAAUAUUUUUCAUAUUUUUUAUGAUAUUAUGCAACUUUUUUUUAUUAAAUUUAUUUGCUGGAAUUAUAGUUGAUUAAUUUAAUAAUUAAAAAAGCAAAAUAGGUAGGCUUGAUAUUUUAACUAAGGAAUAAUAAAAAUGGGUAGAGAUCUUAAAAAGAAUAAUUUAAUAAAGAUUAUAUGUAUAAAUGAAAAUUUCAAUAAGUUCAAAUAAAUUUAGAUAAAAGAUUUUUUAAUUUGUAAAAUCUAAAUUUUUUGAUAAUUUUAUUAUUUCUACAAUUAUUUUAAAUACGCUUGCUUUAUGCAUGUGUUGGAAUAGAUAACCUCAUAUAUCUUGGUAUAUAGUAUAGCAUGCUAACUAAGCUUUUUUAAUUAUAUUUUCAAUAGAAUUAAUAUUAAAAAUAAUUGCCUUUGGAAAGAAUUUUUUCAAAGAUAUAUCAAAUAAUUUUGACUUUUUUAUAGUCUUUUUUUCUAAUCUGGGUAUAAUAAUAGAAAUAUAACCUUCAUUAUUGGAUUUUUCGAUUUUGAUUUCUUUUAUAAUAAUAUUUAGAAUUGUAAGAGUUUUAAGACUUAUAAAAAAAGCUAAAAGCUUUGUAAUUAUUUUUAAUGCUAUUAUUGUAAGUUUACCUGGUUUAGCAAAUAUUACAGCUUUACUGUUUUUAACUUUGUUAUUUUUUUCAGUGUUAGGUAUGGGAUUAUUUGCUUUUGUAAAACCAAAUUAAGGAAUAACUGAAAAAAGCAAUUUCAAUUCUUUUGAAACUAGCUUUUUUUUAUUAUUUAAAAGUGCAUCUGGAGAAUAAUGGAAUUAAAUUUUAAUAGAUUUAAGCUAAAGCAUGUAGCCUAAUUCAGUUUGCUUUAGUGUAACAAAUUAUGAAGAUUAUUAAGAAAAAGGGAUUAAUGGAUGUGGUAAUUUUUUAGGUACACUCUUCUUUAUAUUAUUUUAACUUAUUUAUACUAUAACUAUUCUUAACUUAUUCAUAGCCAUUAUAUUAGAAGGUUUUUAGAAAGCAACAAAUGAUUAAAACUCACUAAUAAAACCUAUUAUUAUAUAAGACUUUAAAAAGGUAUGGAGUAAUUAUGAUAAAAAAGGUACAGGAUUUGUAAAAGUUUAAUAUUUAGUUGAUAUAUUAUCCAUUUUGGAUAAACCUUUUGGGUGGGCAGAUACUAAAGAAAUUAGUUAAUCAAGAAAAAAUUUAAUAUUAAUUUUUCUUGAUAUAAAAUUAUUUAUUUAAAAAAAAAAAAAAUUAUAAAUUAAUUAAUUUUAUAUUAAUUUUUAUGAUACCUUGAUUUAAUUGUCUCAUAAAAUUGUAGGAUAAAUUUAGUUUGAUGAAGUAAAUAUUAAAGUGCUUCAUUAAUUAGAAAAAAAUAUUUAGAAAAAAAUGCAAUCUAAUAUUUUCUAAGAAUCUAAUUUUUAGUUUAGAGAUUAUAUUUCAGUAAAAAUAAUUGAAGAAAAAAUAAUUGAAAGAAAUUUAAAAAAAAAAACUGCUUAAUCAACAUAAUAAUAAAAUAUAAUAAUUUUAUAAUCAAUAGAUUUUUAAAAAAAAAACCUUAUAUAAAAAAGUUAUCAAUAUUUAUUAUUAAUAUAAUAAAUAUUCAUAUAUUAAUAAUAUUUAUAUAUUUAAAUAUAGGUCAAAAUAUGA